AUGCUCGGCAUCCUCAAAUUCCAGACCUUCCUCCUCGUCGUCCUCCUCUUCAUCUGCUCCUGCACAUAUCUCCACGGCGUUUUCCCUACCUGGCUAGAUAGGAACAAGUCUGGACCUCUCGGAACAUUCUGGCGAGCGGCUCGUAUUGGAGAGCGCUUGAGCCCGUAUGUCAGCUUGUGCUGUAUGGCUAUGGCGGUAGGUUUGGGACGAAUUGCGAGCUUAAGGGAAUGA